AUGUCGAGCUACCUCUCCGGAUGGUUCUCCUCGGCGCCGACGGAGGGCGCGGACGGGGCGGAGGUGGACCCGAGUAAACUGUUUCACGAGUUUCCACAUCCGGAGGACUGGAGGACGAUCGCGGAGACGUUGUUGGAGAGGUUCGGCGAGGACGGCGACGAGAUCCCGAGGGCGAUGUGUCCGCUGGGCGAUAAGCGAGCGACGGCGCGCAGGUUUUUAGUGGCGAGGAAGUACUCGAUCGAUGACGCGGAGAGUGCGUUGAGGGAGGCGAUCGCGUGGAGAAAGAACGUGAAGGUGGGUGAUCGCGUGGGCGUCGAGGCCAUACUCUCGGGCGAGCCGCGUUGGGAUCUGUUGGCGGAGAACCGAAAGAUCAUGACGGGUACGCCGUUUCUGUGUCACACCAAGCAAGGAUUUCCGGUCUAUCUGUUGAGAAUUGGGAAGGGAGACGCGGCGUUGGCGACGACGGCGAGCGAGGAGACGCACAUAUAUUCGACCAUCGUGCGCGGCGAACACCUGGUGAACGUGCUCAUACCUGAGGCGACAAAGCGCUCGAAGAAACUCGUGGCGGACGGAGUCGAGCAAGAGGCCGCGAGCGUGGAUUACGAUGGGUUGAUCGAUAAGCAAGUCGUCAUCAUCGAUCUCGAGGGCGUCGGGAUGUCUGCGCUGCGAUGUCUCUUUGUGUUGAAGACCAUCAACAGCGUGGCGUCGAAAAAUUACCCUGAACUCUCGAAAGCCAUCUACGUCGUCAACGCGCCGUCGGCUUUCGAUUACCUGUGGAGCGCUGUGAAGCCGCUCCUCGCGGCUCACACGCAGCACAAGAUUAAGAUUUACAGUCAACCUGAGGAGCAGUACGCCGCUCUGCAAAAGCUUUUGGAGGAUGCGGACAUUCCCGACUUCCUGGUACCAGCUGGACGUGCGGCGGGAGCGAAGGACACGGUGACUACGACGGACGGUUUCUUGCCUGAGACGGUAAAGGCAGUCGACGAGUGGCUUAAGGGUCUCGGCGGUGAGGAGACCAUUGAGGAAGAGAAGACCGGUGAGGAGGUCAGCGCCACGAUUGAAAAGAUGAGCACGAUUUCAAUUCAAGAAGAUUACGCUGCCGCGGAAGCUGAAGCUUAG